AGCAGCGGGGGAGGAAACCAAGGUCUGGAAGGCUUAAAGAGCCUGUAUGAUCUGACCUUGAGGAAUUAAACAAGUGGGGGAGUGGACCAGAGGCAAGACUACUCCCAGAGAGGCAGAGGCUCUGCGGGCAGGGUAGGAGAGAAAUCUCAGCGGAGGAGCCUGUGGGUCCAUGGAGAAGACCUGGGACCUUCCCCACAGCUGGGCUGGCUGUUGGAAGGGAUUCCUGUUCACAGCCACGAUCCUCAGCUGCUCCGACCAGCUAGCCUCUUUGGCCCAGCUGAGCGUAGCACCCAUCCCUUCCUAUGGCUCAAUCGGGAGCAAUGUCACUCUGUCCGUCCGGGGGAUCCUGAAGGAGCCUCAGAGUUAUUCCUGGUUCCGGCAGAUGACCGAGGAGUCCAACAAGAUCGUGAGCUACGCGGUCCAGUCGGGAGAGCAGACCCGGGGACUCAACCACACCGGCCGGGAGAGCAUUUUCCCAAACGGUUCCCUGUUUAUCACCAAUCUCACUUCCGACGAUGACGGCGUUUACGUCGUACAAGUCGCCGUCACAAAGUUGAAGCCAGUCCUGGGAUGGGGACGCUUGCAGAUCAAUGAUUCUCCCAGGUCUUCCCACUUGGGGUUAGUGGCUAGUGUUAUCCUCGGAGCAAUGGCUGGUGGGGUCAUCACAGGUGUCCUGGGCUACUUCUUCUUCAAGCGGACUCGAGGUAUCCUCAGGUCUUCCCGGAGCAUGAGACAAAGUUCUGUCCGAAGACGAAGACAUCAUCCUAUAAGUCAGAAUAAUGGUGGAGAAGAUAUGGUGUAUGAAAACCAUCAGUGGCAUCGAGGCAUGACUCUGACUGGCCAGGAAGAAGGCUUGUCAUUCAUUUCCUCUCUAGAGAUAUUGGAGGCCCCCCACCAGGCACUGGAUCUCAGCAAAAUGGAUGUUUAUGAUGAGGUCAUGGUCUGGCCAACACUCCAGGCCCUUAGCGAAGAGGAGAAAUCCCCAACUCAGUGAAGUCAUCCUGUUUUUUCUCUUCUGGAAUGACCUCCUUCACUUGGGAUCCAGGGACAUUCCACAAUGAAAGUACUUUGUUUGUGGUUGGAAAGAACACUUGCUCGAUAAAUCUCAGGAGAGCUUCCACCUGAAGCUCAAGGAGCACCUGCCUCUGGUGUGGCAAUGAGCCCAGGUUCUUCCUGGAGAUCCUGUGACAGCCUCAAGCCUCAGAUUUGGAGGUCGGUUGUCCAGUGGCAAAAGGGGACUAUGUAAAAUUAGAGCAUCAGAAAAAGGGAUAUCUGAGAGGGGCCUUAGGAUAUAGAACAUGGGAUAGCAGAACUGGGGGAGGAGGGAGGAAACCUUAGAAAAAGAGAACAUGAGAACUCCAAGGAAACUGAUGUUCUAGGUUUUGUUUUUAAGGCUUUGCUACCCCCUCCUUUCCCAGUCCCCAUUAUCUAUGGUUUAAAGUCCCUCCCCGACCUAGCAUUUUAUAAUCCAAAAAUGAUCCAUUAUCUCCUUUGUCCUGUGCACUAUAUUUUUAUGAAUUCAACCCAAGGAUGGCAUGAAUUUAGUUCCAUUCAAUAAACAUUUAAAUACCUA